CAUUACGCUAUCUUCUGUCUUGCUUAUGCCUAUUCUCUCAACACGCUUUUUGGAAUAAUAAUAAUUUUAUUUGUUAUGCCCGUGUAUUGCAAAUCCCAGUGCGGUAAUCGAGCAGUUCUCAGGCGACCAAAGACAGGCGAUGCGCUCUGCAAGGAAUGUUUCUUUGCGGCCUUUGAGGCGGAAAUACAUCACACGAUCAGUUCCAACCAAUUAUUUCAGCCUGGCCAGAAAAUAGCAGUAGCCGCAAGUGGAGGUAAAGACUCAACUGUGUUAGCCCAUGUGCUGAAGUUGCUGAAUGAAAAACACAAUUAUGGAUUGGAUCUUGUUUUGUUAUCUAUAGACGAGGGAAUUUCUGGGUAUCGGGACGACAGUUUGGAGACUGUCAAACAGAAUCGGGACGAUUACCAAAUGUCAUUGAAAAUUCUGUCCUACGAGGAGCUCUACGGAUGGACAAUGGAUCGCAUUGUAGCACAAAUUGGUCGAAGCAAUAAUUGCACCUUCUGUGGGGUCUUCCGUCGCCAGGCUCUGGAUCGCGGGGCCAAGCUGUUGCAAGUUGACAGCAUAGCUACUGGUCACAACGCCGAUGACAUCGCAGAGACAGUUCUUAUGAAUAUUCUACGUGGCGACACAGCUCGUCUAAGGCGCUGCACAGACAUACGUACAGGUGGUGGCGAAGACUCUAUACCCCGUGUAAAACCUUUGAAGUAUAGCUACGAGAAGGACAUUGUAAUGUAUGCCCACUACAAAAAGCUGGUUUACUUUAGUACUGAAUGCGUAUUUGCCCCCAAUGCCUACCGCGGUCAUGCCAGGGCAUUUCUCAAGGAUUUGGAAAAGGUGCGUCCAUCGGUUAUUAUGGAUAUUAUCUACUCGGGCGAGCAAUUGAGAUUUAAGGAUACUGUAAAGAAGCCAGUACGUGGUACGUGCUCCAGAUGCGGGUUCGUCUCCUCGCAGCAGCCAUGUAAGGCCUGCGUCUUGCUCGAGGGAUUGAAUCGAGGACUACCAAAGUUGGGAAUUGGUAAGAAGUCCAAAGGUGAUCGAAUGAUUGCCGAACAAAAUAGAGAAUUGGAUUUAAGAGAGCGAGCAAAUUUAGUAAAAAACGAUUUUUGAUAAAGUUUACUGAGUUUAUUUUUUUUUUAUAAAAUAGUAAAAAUAAUAUUAAUGUCGUCUUUGGGUCGGAACAUCUGUAACGAAAUAAAAAACGAAUUAUUUUAUCUUA